AUGAAGGCCGCACACUUCACCGCCGCCCUUCUCUCCCUCGCACCCGUAGCAUCUGCAUAUGCCUGGCCAGAAUGGCUACCAGAGCUCGAUGCUCUGGUUGUGAGGCAGGACUCUGACUCUAGCGCAUCCUCCCCAGCACCUACUGCCACCGCAUCAGCAACCGAUGACCCUGCAGACGCCGGGAACCUGAACACGGCAGGCAUCACCACAGCGAGUGAUGCCGAAUCUGCAUCCGCGACCGACGAUGCAAGCGGGUCCGCAACGGGCACGGGCACGGACAAGGACGCGAGCUCAACGGGCAAGAAGAGCUCAAAGACGACGACGGCGAGCGUGAAUGCCGACGAUCCGGCCGGCAGCGCGGUCAUCUUGACACCACAGACCACCAUAACGAGCGCCCUCUACCGCAUUGGCGAGUUUGUCACCUUGGGCUGGAACUACACAAACGUGCAGGUCACCCCCACGGCAGUCGACGUCGUCAUAUCGUGUACCACCGCCUCCGAGUCUUGGACGCUGACGUCCAACAUGACCUAUGAGACCUCGGGUGCAUUGACCUGGGACACGGGUGCUUUCCAGAGCGACUCGGUCCAACAGCCUUUGCUCGUCGAGCAGUACAUCAUGUACAUCUACGACGCCGACUCGAGCAUCAGUGCAACCGCCGGGCCGGGCGAGCUGACGGCCGCUGCCGCCAUGACCUUUGGCCUGUACACCGGCCAGCCGUACACCCCGCUCGCUAGCGGCUGGGUUUGUGCUACCUGCAGUGGUGCCAUGUCCAGCAGCGAGAGACAAGCCAUCGGUUUCCUGUUCACCGUGGCGGCAAUUACCGUGGCGAGCUUCACCUGGUUCGUGACCGGUUUGUGGUGA